AUGGCCUAUGCCAUGGAUAAACUGGCUAAAGUCAUGAAUUACUCUAUCGACUCUGAGCUUCAGGCCGAAAUCCAACAUAAGAAACCCAAGGAUCCAGAGCCAGAUGGAGACGCAGAGCGACUAGUGAAAGAAACGCAUAAGGACGUUAUUUUCUCAGACAAACAGUUCUGGGAUGGAGCAAGUAUCAAGCAAGUUCGCCAACAUUUUUCUGAGUACCUUCGUGCAAGCAAAGGCCUAGGAACUGGUCGAUUCGAAGGCUGCCUUCUCAUUGCUGAGCGGUCACUAAAGUCAAUCGUUGCCAGUCCCGACCCCCAGUCUUGGCUCGAGGACACACGGCCUAGGAAGCCUAGUCAACCUUGGGGAUUUGUUGGUAUGACCGAUGGGCGGUAUCCUGAGAAUCGGUAUGAGCCUCGCUAUACGGGCUAUAUGCGGGUGGAAAUUCUUUGCUUGUGGAACCUGUGUAAUGAGUUGGCAUGUCAUCGCAUGCAGGAGCUCUGCCCCUCUGUUUCUGAUGGAUUGAUUCCGGUUUAUGACAGUGGAACUGGGAUAGCGCAUGACGAGGAGGGAAAUGUUUCCCCAACUUUGGCCGAUCGGAAGACUCGACUCUUUUGA